GAGUCAUCAGUUCUAAUUAUAAAGUAGAUGUUGAACAGUAAAAAACAAACUAUCGGGAGUUUUCGAUGAUCGGAUUAGCAAUGAAAUUAAUCAUUCGUUCAUUGAUGCUAUAUGUAGUGGCCAUUACGGUCGUCAAUGGUAAUGAAUGCGGUCUUAACAGUGUAUGUGUACCUAUACCCGAUUGUCCCCUUAUCCGAGAUAAUUUCAAUUUGAUCAAAAGGAAACCCUAUUGUAAUUUGGAUCGUCCCGGUGCAAAUGUCUGCUGUACGAAGUCAUCACAAAACUAUACGCAACCGAAAUAUGUUGAUUUCCGCGUUGUAAGAGAGUGCAGAUCCUACGACAGUCUACCACGUCUUCAAAGUCGAUUAGGAGAAGGAUGUAAUUAUACAUCUAACUUUGUUGGUCGCGUAGAAGCGGAAGGUAAAGAAUUUCCUUUUAUGGCAUUAAUAUAUGGCAAAAGCGGAGACGUGCCUUCUAAAAUUUGCACUGGCACAUUGAUUAGCAAAAAAUUUGUUUUAACAGCCGCUCACUGUAAAUCUGUCACUAAUCCUCCCUUAACAUUCGUGCGUUUAGGCGAAUUGGAUUAUGUUACUAACGCGGAUGAUGCAUUGUUGCAAGAUAUUGAGAUCAAAAAUAUUAUAGCUCAUCCGCAAUAUUACAGAACACCACUAACUUUCUACCACGAUAUAGCUUUGAUUGAAUUGACAAAAGAAGCCAUAUUUAACGAUUACGUACGUCCUGCUUGCCUAUCUCUAGAAGAUGGUAAUGAUUAUCAAGAAUUUCUAGCUGCGGGUUGGGGUUAUCCUCCAUCUACACCUACAACCCAUUUACAUAAAGUGAAAUUGGAUCGUCUCGACGAUAACGUAUGUUUCGCGAAAGUCGUACGUGACAAUUUGGAAGAAGGCAUUAAUAAUCGUACUCAUAUAUGUACGAUCCCUUCUACUGGCAAUAUCGGUAGUUGUCAUGGAGAUAAUGGCGGUGCACUUCUUAUUAAUAGUCCCGAGUUUCCCUGUCAAUUUUCCGUAGUAGGCGUUUACUCAAUCCGUCACGAGGCUUGCGGAAAUAAAGACCAUCCAUCCGUUUACGCCAGAAUCAAUUUAUAUAUCGACUGGAUACAACCUAAUGAAUGUGGUCUUAACAGUGAAUGCGUACCAAUAGCCGAUUGCCCCCUUAUCCGAGAUAACUUCAAUUUAACCAAAAGCAAACCGUACUGCAAUUUGGAUCGCCCUGGUGCAAAUGUCUGCUGUACGAAGUCAUCACGAAACUAUACGCAACCGAAAUAUGUUGAUUUCCGCGUUGUAAGAGAGUGCCGAUCCUACGACGAUGUACCAAGUCUUCAAAAUCCACUAGGAGCAGGAUGUAAUUAUGCAUCUAACUUUGUUGGUCGCGUAAAAGCGGAAUCUAAAGAGUUUCCUUUUAUGGCAGUAGUGCACAACAAAAAUGGAAACCAGAUUGGCGCAACUUGCAGUGGUGUUUUGAUUAGCAAAAAAUAUGUUUUAACUACCGCGUUCUGUUACCUCAACGGCUAGUGAGUUCAUUGAGAUCGUACAGUA